AUGUCCUCUGCGAACUCGUCGACCAGGGUCAAAGACAAGGAGGAGGCACACGAGGCUUCUCGGACUGACUUCUUCCGUGAGCAGGCGGCUGACUUGUCUUCCGGCCGCUUCACCGAACUCCGGGGCUUCUCCGAAGAUCUUGGCCUCUUGGGCUUUGGAAAUCUGAAGGUCCUCCUUCUCUCCGGCGCGCCUCUGACUUGCGAGUCUCUGGGCGAGGUGCUCACGUUCGCGUCCAACCUAUGGAAACUGGAUGCCAGCUAUUGCAGUUUGUCGGCGCUGCCGCCACCGGAUCUUUGGUGCAGGAUGACUCACUUGAAAAGCUUGCUACUCCACAAGAACCUCUUGGCCAAGUGGAGGGACGUGGAAGGGGCAUCCUGUCCACCAGUGCUCGAAUGGGUAUCGCUUUAUGGGAACCCAAUCACAAGCCAACCUGAGUACCAGUCCUACGUGCUGAACAUCGCCAAGUCUCUGGUUGCCUUGGACCUCCGAGUCCUGACGGACGAGGAGCACUUCGGCUCGGUCGGGUCGGGCUCAGACGGCGCCGAUGGGCACAUCAACAAGAAGAAGCCGGUCUUGCAAGUCAAGAAGACCCACUCGAACUUGGGCGGCGCCGAAAGUUUCAAGCGCUUUGCAGCCAACAGCGAGGCCAGCGCGAUCCUCUUCCGCGAGAAGCCCCUGCCUUCUCCGCUGUCAGCGUCUGCUUUGCUGAAAGAGGCCGCAGACGAGCUCCGGCAGCUCUACACCAAGUCGGCCUACUGCAGUGCCGCGUUCGCCAUACAAGGGGGCUGGAGGGUCUAUAAAGCGCGAUCGUUGAAGGACCAGCUUCAGGCAAGGAAGGAGAACAGUGCCAUUAUGCUUCAGAAGUGUGCCCGGAAGUUCUUGUGGAAGAGGCAAAUGCAAACGUAUGUGCAGAAUUUCCUGGCGGAGGAAGAAGGAUUGGAUCUCCUUCUCAAUGCCAAGGAGAUGUUGACACUCCGUGCUUCCAAGCUGAUCGAGUCUUCCGUCAGACGCUGGGUGCGAAGGAGAAAGGAGCGACGUACCGUGCGCCAGGCUGCCACGAUUAUCGUGCGCAACGUCAAGGGCUACCUCACACGCUGCAAGCUGCUGCGGAAGUUCUUGAAGCUGGACAAGUACCGGCGAAUCUUCUUCCCUGCAUCCUUCACGUGGGAGGCGAUUGUCCUGCUCAACGUUGCCAGGGCGGCGUGCGACAUGCCUCCACUACCCCGUGAGCAUCGCUUCGAGACCGCUGAUGUCAUGGCGAUCCGGAUGGUGGACUCCAGCGAGAUUCCUCGCCUCAAGUCGGAUGUUUCGCGACUGCUGGCCUUCAGGAACUUCAGUUUGCUGCGGCCCAGCCACAGCGACCGCUACCCGAGCAAUCUCUGGGACGGCCCAUUUCAUCGACUCGUCCCCGGUGGUGCCCCAGCGCACAUUUGCAAGGCCUACCAGAAAGUGCGCCGGCGUGCAGCCAACGUCGACAACGUAUGUCGUCAGGUGUUUCUGGCGUCCUGUGCGCCUGGGCCCCAUCCCAUCCAUCGAGCACCAUGUCUGGAAGGUCCGUUCGUCGUCAGGGACACAAAGGCGCCCGACUUUCGGGAACUCUAUCGCUUCGGCACAAUGCUCGGGGAGGGCGACUUUGGGAUCGUGUACACGUGCGAUGUGCGCCCGGGUCCUUUGUGGGACGAGGAGCUCAUGCGUGAGGCUGAGUCCAGACAUUCCUCUGUGGAGGAGGACCCGGACGACACGAGUGUCUUAGAGGAGCAUGAAGGACAUCGGAAUCUGGCCCGCUUGCUGGCUGAACGGAGGCAUAUUCUGCAGAAGGAGAUGGACCAACGCCGUGAGCGGCAGAUGCAUCUCGUGGAUCAGCCCACUAAGCUGGACGUGCCAACGGGUGGCCUGGUGGUGAAACUGGUGGAUCAUCGGUCCAGCUGGUGGGGCAGCCUAGCGGACUUUUGUCUGCACUCCUCGCAGCAAGGGAAGUCCUGGCUGCUGCUGUCCAAGGAGGUGAAGAAGCUGUCGCAGCUCUCGCAUCCCAACCUCAUCAAGACGCACAACCUCUUCGUGGACGAUUACUUCGUCUACUUUGUGAUCUCCAGGUUUCCCUGCAGCUUACGAGAUGGGAUCUUGAACGCUUGCCGGUUCUCUCGACGCGGCCUCCCACUCCCCAUUGCUGCGGAUGUAGCCGGACAGCUUCUCGCCCCUUUGGCCUAUCUCCACGCACGCCGUGUUGUGCACCGCGGCAUCACUCCCGACAACCUUGUCGUCUCCUCCCUCGACAUCCUUCGAGAGCGGUUUACGCUGGUCAUCGCCGACCUUUACUCGACUGCUCGGUGCAUCGAGGAUGGUGCGUGUCUGUCGGAGGUUAUCGGGUCUCCUGAGUACUGGGCACCGGAGCUGGCGGAGUGCGAGUACAGCUACCCUGCAGAUGUGUGGGCAGCGGGUGUGGUGUUGUGGUUCGCUGUGGCCAAGAAGUUGCCUUUCCAGAGUCUGGAGACUGUCCUCCUUCGCGACCUGGAACCCAAUGCCCGUGUGGCACCCGAAGCCUAUGAUGGCCUCUCUCAGCUUCUCAGCCGUGAUGUUGAAGGCAGAGCGACCGCCGAAGAGGCAUUGCGGCAUGAGUGGAUCCUCGAGAGCCAAAACGGACCCGCCAUGAUCUCUGCGGCUUCCCGGCGGGGCGCAGUUACCACGGCUUCGUCGGAGAACGUGUCGAAGGGGUUGGAGGGUGCAGAUGACCAGAGGGACGACAGUGACGAUGACACCGACCCGCCGAGUAAUGCCUCGAGCAUGAUCUUUGCGCCGCGUGAUCUGCUCUUGAGCCCGCUCUCCGAGAAGAGGGACGAGCCCGACAUCUCCAGAGGAUCUGCGCCAGGCCAAGCAGAACGGGACGUUUACUGCCAGGGAGAGCAGCUCCUGAUGAGGCUGCUGCAGACGCAGCAGGAGCAGAUGGGACAACUCCAGAGAUUGCUAGAGCAGAACCAGAGGCCACGCGGAACCGUGGUGGAUACAAAGGCUAUUGGCCGACCUGAGAAAUUGGGAGGAACACUGGAAGAAGCCUCGCGUGCAUGGCGCCAGUGGAACUACCGGCUGGAGCUUUGGCUCACGAGCCAGUUUCCGGAAACCCGGGCAAUCCUGACUUGGGCUCGGACCCAAGAUGAUGAAAUCGCCGUUGCCAGGCUGAGGGAACAGCUGGUGGAUGGAGUGACUCCGGAAAAGGUUCAGGAGUUCAAUCGACAACUGGAGGUAGUCCUGGGUACUUUGACUAUGGACACCCCAGGGGAUAUCACGAUGAACUCGAGCGCAGGAUCCGGACUGGACAUGUACCGGCGGCUCCAUGGGAGAUUGGAUCCGACUGACAUGGUCACGAGCUUUAGGUGGUUGCGGCAGCUCAUGUCGACGAAGCCAGUUGCAGAAGUGAGCGACUUGAUCGCUGCAGUGGAGAGAUGGGAGGACCAGCAUCGGAGGUAUGCUGCCCGUCGGGACUGCACGGCGCUGACCGAGCGCCAGAAGAUGGUUUCGUUGUUGGGAAUGGUUCCCGCGGAGUUGCAGUCACACCUGGAGCUCAACCUUCCACGGCUCAACUCGUACGACCUUCUACGGAGGGAAAUCGUGACUUUCGCCGAGAACCGCCGGGCAUUCACUGUGGAUGACUCCGGCGCAAUGCCUAUGGAUAUCGACUACGCCAAGGGGAAGGGGAAGGGAAAAGGAAAGGACAAGGAGACCCGUAAGUGCCACAAGUGUGGCAAAGUGGGCCAUCUCGUAAAGGACUGCAGGAGCCCGAUAGACAUAAGGAAGAACAAGGAUGCAGGAGGUGGUUCUAGUGGUUACCCCAAAGACCCCACCCCAGGAGGCAGAGGUAGUGCAGGGAAACCGCCGAAGGGUAAGGCUCAAGGUAGGGGCCGCGGCGGGAAAGGCAAGGGCGGACACGCCCGCGAGCUAGACGGCGAAGAGGAGGAGCCAGACGGCGAGGAACCUGAGCAGGAGGAGGACUACGAAGCCGAGGUGGGCUUCAUAGGAAUGCUCGAAGGCGAAGGAGAGGACCCGGGAAGGGGAGACGAGACGCCAAAGAAGCCGGAAAGAAAGGAAAAGAAAGAAAAGAAGAAGGAAAAAGAGGAAAAGAAAAGGAAGAGCCCAGAGGGCGACGACGAAGACUGGGGAACCUGGCGUUCCGACCCCAGUGUUCUGGCAGCUGGCGGCACUUCCUCCAUGACGGGGGUUGGGCUGCGGCUCCUCGAGGGCAACCUGGUGUCCGAGCUGCAGGCUCGCCAGGCCGAGCUCAACAGGGCCCUGGCUAGUGCCGAAGGUGACGAGGAAAGGGCCAACCUAGAAGCCCAGCUCGAGGAAGUCACCCGGCAGCUGAAGGAGCUUGCCAAGCUGGCCAAGAGGAAGGAGCUUAGCCGCCAGCGAGCGGCUCGCGAAAAAGUUGCGCUGGACGAGGAGUGGCAGAAGAGGUACAACAAGCCGCUUAAGAAAGACGACGGCAAGAAGGCAUCCUACCCGCUGAUGCCGGAGAACACCGAUCGAGAGGCCGCAGCCAAGCCAGAGGCUAAGCCCAAGGCAAAGCCUGUGCCCAAGGAGCCGCUUGGGCCACCACCUGCAAAGGGCGGGGGAGCCUCCGCGGAGGCUAUCCGGACGGCGCCGUGGCGUAACGACGGCAAGUUGCCCAGGGAGCAGGGGAAGAAGGGUGGAAAAGAGAGCGGCAAGAAGGGCAGUGGUGGGACCCGUCUGGCAGGGGCUGAGGAGAGCCCUGGUGAAGAAGCUCCCGAAAGGGACGGUCGGAGUCGUUGCCGAGCGCAGGCUGCUGGACAGCGACUGCGAGAGUUGCACCUCUCGACGAGGAAAGGCCACGAAGGCCGCAGCAGCUGCCUACGCCAAGAGUCUUCUCCAGAAGAGGGAGAGGAUGACGAAGGCGAGGAUGAAGAAGUGGAGGUCGAGGUGGAAGAGGAAGACCCCGACGCAGACCACGUGCCACUGGGGGGAAGAGGUCCAGAGGACCCACCCGACGGAGAAGGCGGCCUGGAGGGCCGGGUUGGAACCGUGUUUUCCUUAUCUGGGAAUGGGGCCGCUUCGGCACCUUCCCGGAACCAGAAGCAUCCCUCAAUGGAGGUGAUCCUGGACAGCGGUGCAAGCCACAACGUGCUGCCAGACAAAGUGUACCAGAAGCUCUUCGAGGAAGGGAGGGCCACAGCCUUGAAGGAGGUGAGUUCGCCACUUAAGUUUUCCACGGCAAGCGGGGAGAGUCUGCCCAACCUGGGCACAACGGAGUUGCUUCUGAGUGGCCCGUCUUCGGAUGGGAGGGCCACCAGGUGCAGAUGCAUCUUCAACGUGGCAGCUCUGCAGCGCUGCCUCCUCUCCACUGGUCGUGCGAUGGACCGUGGCAACGCCUUGGUCUUUGCAGGUAAGGAGGCCACGCUGUACCUCCCGAAUGGGAGUUCUUUGGUCUUCCCGGAGAGGAAGGAAAAGAAGGAAGGAGGAGAAGAAAGAAGGGCGGCAGGCGCCGCAGCUGAGUACUACAACCUCUUUCCGGAGCCGGAGGUGUUCCCGAUCCACUCUGACGGUGAAGAAGACGAGGCCCGACCGUUUGGGGAUGGUGAGCCACGCCAGGCGGAGCCCGCUUCGGGAUCCGCCCAGCCAGGAGGCGACGAAGCACAGCGUGCGAAGCCACUUCGAGCACCGCCUGUGCCCACGCCUCAAAUGGUUGCUGAGCACGAGGUGGCACAUAUCCCUUACCGAUCGUGGUACCCAGCAUGUGUAGCUGGACGGGGGCGAGCCUACUCGCACCACCACGAGGGCCGAGACUCCACAGUGCCUGUGGUAUCAGCUGACUACCUGUACUUCUCCGAGAAGGGAGUACCGGGAAAGAGCCUGCCAACAGUUGUCUUGAGGGACCGUGCCUCAAAGGCCAUCUUCUCGCAUCUGCUGCCAACUAAAGGGACGGUAGGUUCGACCUAUCCUGAAAAGGCGGUGCUUCGAGAUUUGAAUUGGCUGGGGUACAAGCGCUUGGUUCUGAAGACGGACCAAGAGAACGCGAUCAAGGCAUUGGGGGCAGCUGUGAAGGCUGGUUUUCCAGAGGACUUGACUCUGGAAGAGUCGCCCAAGGGAGACUCUCACGGGCAAAGCAACGGCACAGCUGAGAAUGCAGUGCAACGUGUGCAGGGACAAGUGCGCACGAUGAAGUAUGCCCUGGAGCAAAAUGCUGGAGGAGAACUACCCAAGGACUCGGUUAUCUUCCCUUGGAUGAUCGAGUACGCAGGGGUGCUCCACACCUUGUUCUCUCAAGAGGACAGCGAGGGCAUGACUCCGUUUCAGAAGCUGAAGGGCCGAACCUGGCAAGUAGCUCUUCCAAGCUUUGGAGAAAUCGUGGACUAUCGCCGAAGGGCGAAAAGCAAGCUUGAUGCCAGAUGGCAAGAAGGAGUCUACCUAGGACUGCGGCUUACGAGUUCGGAGAAGAUUAUCGGGACGCCCUCGGGUAUCCUGGUGGUGCAGUCUAUCCGAAGGAAGCCUGCAGACAAGCAGUUCAAUCUCGAGAUGCUGAAGGCUGUGAAAGGAACUCCCUGGCAGCCUAAUCCCGAGAAGAACACGAACGCCGAUGCAGACAGACUCCCGGAGCCUAUUGUGAUAGAGCCCGUGGUCGAGCAAGCAGAGCUUCCACCGAAACCUGGAGACGCCGAACGGUUGCCUACGUAUCGGAGAAUGUACAUCCGACAAAGCGACCUGGAGCAGUUUGGCUAUACUGGGGGUUGUGAGGCCUGUGCCGCCAUUCGCGAAGGCAGAGAACGCCAAGGUAUCAACCACAACGAGACGUGUAGGAAGCGGAUCCAAGAGGCGCUGAAGGACACCUCUCGGGGCCAAGCCCGCCUAGAGCGAGAAACUCAGCGCGAGACCGAGUACUUUACGAAAGUCCACGAGGCAGAAGAAAAGAAGAGAAAGGCUGCAACAGAGAAGGAGAAAAGGCCUGAGGCAGGAAGUGCAGAGGCGAGCGAGCCCAGCCAACCUAGCAGGCCACCAGAGCAAGCAGCAAAGAAAGUGGAGAAAAGGAAACCCUCUAAAGCAGAGCCUGUCUCCGUUUCGCGAGAGGGUAAGAAGCCAGCAGUUACCGCUUCGGAAGCUGCUUCGGCGAGCAAACGGAAGAGCGAGGACCCUGGAGACCAAGAGAGGUCCGAGCUGAGGCCUGCAGAGGACCGAGCAGAAGGCUCUAAGCGCAAGGCUGAAAACGUCGAGGGAAUGAUUGAGACGCUUAUUGCUGGAGAGCGAAAGGCGUGGAUUGAAUCCCUGGAAGGAGUCGAACAGCCUACCUGCGACCUGGUUGAUGGUUUAGUGGAAGAGGUUCUUGCGGAGACCUUCUACGACGACCUCACCGGGAAAGAGCUUCCAGCUGAAGGUGUUAAAGCAGCCCGGGCAGAGGAAGUGAGCGUCAUCAGGCAGAUGGGAGUGUGGGAAGUCAUACCCCGUCCUGCAAACGAGAAGGUGAUCGGUACGCGAUGGGUGGACAUCAACAAGGGGGAUGGUGCCCGUCACAAACUGAGAUCCAGGCUUGUCGCUCAGGAACUCAAAAGAGCCCGCGGACCGCAACAACCAGAGGACCAGUCCACUUGGAGCGAUUUCUUCGCUGCAAUGCCGCCACUCAGUUCUCUUCGGGCGCUAUUUUCCUUAGCGACUACACAGCGUGUACCCAACACUCGGGGAAAGCUGUUACCCGUUGGGUCUGGAGGCGAAGUCUGUCUUAUGUUUCUGGAUGUGAAGAAAGCUCACUUUUGGAGCCCUGUACGCCGGAGACUCCUUGUGGAGCUUCCACCAGAAGCUGGAGAGGGACGAGACAAGGUUGGACUUCUGAAGCGUUCCUUGUAUGGGACCAGGGAUGCACCUUCCAAUUGGGAGAAAGCCAUCAAGGAUGCUCUGGAGGGCUUGGGCUUCAAGCAAGGAAGAAGCAACCCAUGCCUGUACUUCCACGAGGAGAAAUCUUUGCGACUCAACGUCCAUGGAGAUGACUUCACAGUGGUUGGAAGCUACAAAGAGCUCAAGUGGCUAGAGGCUGAACUGGGCAAGGUUUGGACAGUAGAGACAAGAGGCAUCCUGGCUAGACCCGGUUCGGAGCUGCCAGGCGUGAUUCAUCAGAUCUCUGUCUUGAAUCGCCUAGUGACGUGGACCCAAGAAGGCAUCGAGAUGGAAGCCGACCCAAGACAUGUGGACUUAGUUCUGGAACAGCUGGGUCUGGAGAAAGGAGUUUCUGUGACCACUCCACUGGUCAAGGUGAAAGAAGAGGACAUGGACAAGACUCCACUUGGUACUGCUGAAGCAGCUCUGUACCGUUCUAUCGCUAUGCGGAUAGGUUAUCUGUCUAUGGACAGGCCGGACUUGCUUAGGACCGUCCGCGAGUUGGCGAAAGGGCUGAAACAACCUCAACAACACCAUUGGGGUCUCUUGAAGAGAGCUGCAAGAUAUCUCCGAGGAUCUCCUAGGCUGGUGCAAUUGAUUCCGUAUCAAGAGCAUUUCACAAGCAUCAAUGCUUGGUCCGACAGUGACCAUGCUGGGUGUAUCAAAACUAGGAAAAGCACGACUGGAACCGUGAUCCAGCUCGGAGAAGCAACGGUGAAGACAGCAGCCAAGGGGCAAGCUGUGAUUGCCCUGUCCACUGGAGAAGCAGAAUACUAUGGCUUGAUAUCAACAGCCUCAACCGCUUUGGGCGAGCAAGCGAUGAUGGCGGACUGGGGUGUAAAGCUGUCUGUCAACAUAGCUAUGGAUGCCAGCGCGGGCAUAUCCAUCGGCUCGCGACGAGGGCUGGGAAAGGUCAAGCACAUUGACACCUGCUAUCUGUGGGUGCAAGAAAUAGUGGAUCAAGGAAGAAUACGCCUGAAGAAGGUCAACACGCAAGACAUGCUGGCGGACCUCAUGACGAAGCCUUUGGACGGCCAAACUGCUACGAAGCUAUUGAGUCGGAUGGGCUACACCGUCAGGUCUGGAAAGCAUGAGCUGGCCUUAGGAAAGGCGUGA